ACAACACGGUUUUCAUUGCAUUCGUUUCUGUCACAGACAUUCACAGUUUCCGGCAGUCCUGCAAGUAAAUAAGCCAGCAGGCUGUUAUUAUUCAGCAGUUCAAUAACUGCACGAUUUGUUUUCUAGUAGACCCUCAUGAAACGUAAGAUUUACACGCAAGGGUUUCGGCAAGAUGGGAUCGAGAGACCUUGUGGCUGGCAUUCAUCUUGGGGCAUCUAGCUGUACUUUAGCGGUGUAUGAUCGCCGCAGUGGCCGCAUCACCGCAGUCUCGGAACCCAGCAGCGGCUUACAGGUAAUACCUAACUGCAUCGCAUUUGAUCAAACGAAUACGGUGGGAAAAUUGCUUUAUGGCAGUGCGGCAAAAGCACACCAAUCAAUCGAACCGAAAAAUUGUGUAUACAAUAUCAAACGUAUCCUUGGAAAAUCUUACCAUCAUGCAGAUGUGGCAGAUCAGAAAAAUUCCGUGUAUUACACGAUUCUCAACAAAAACGGCUCUCCUGUCGUUCAAAUCGAAGAGAACGGCGCACCAGUUUAUUAUUCUCCAGAAGAGAUCAUCGGAAUUAUGUUGUCGUACCUGAAGCAUAUUGCGGAAAAGACAUUCUCGGCAAAGAUUUUUGGCGUUGUAGUAACUGUUCCAGCAAAUUUUAGCAUCGCACAGCGCCAAGCGAUGAAAAAAGCCGCAGAGUUAGCAGGACUGACAGUCAUCCAAAUCUUAAACGAACCGCUUGCCGCUGCGCUGGGCUACUGGAGAGAUAUUCGGGACACACGAAAUGUCCUGGUUUUCGAUUUCGGAGCACAAACAUUGUACGCGUCAGUUGUCGAAGUUGACGAGUCCAGAGAAUUUCGCAUCCGCGCGACAGCUUGUAACCAGCAUCUUGGCGGUGACGACAUUGACCUUUGCUUGGUUCAACACCUUGUGCAGGUUAUUAAAGAUUCAUACUAUACUGACGUUAGCACCAAUGCGAAAGCGCUGUUUCGACUCAGAAACGAGUGUGAAUCCAUUAAAAAAAACCUGAGUUUCACUAGUAAGAAAUUACUCAUGCUGAAAGAAAUCGCCGAAGACCACGAUUUAAUAUCUAAUUUUACUCGUCAGGAACUAGAAACUUUGUGUUCUUCUUUGUUUGGCCGCAUCAUACAUCCAGUGCAGAGGGCUCUGACGACGUCGGGCUUACAGAGCACGGAUAUUUCGAACAUAAUUGUUGUUGGCGGCGGCAGUCGAAUUCCUAAGGUGAAGGAGUUGUUAGAGCAUCACUUUCCUUGUGCAAAAUUGCUUAUGACGAUUGAUCCAUGCCAAGUUGUCGCAGUAGGAGCAGCAGAAUUAGGUGGAUUUCUAUGCUUCGACGAGAGCGAUUUAAACUUUGAGAUAGAUGGUGUAACACUUGCACCAUCUAGUUUUCCGAAGACGUCGCAGUGUACAGCGAAAUACUCAUCAGUGAAUUUGAAGCCACAGGUGUUAAAGAAAGUUGACUACCGGGCACGUAAACACGAAACAUAUUUGGCCAAAUUAAUUCAAGCGGAAAAGUCUCACGUUGAGCAUUUAACUGCGUUAAGAGAAAAUUUUUACCAGCCAAUACUAAGCUGCCAACUAGUUCCUCUGGAUAUUCUGAACCAAAUAUUUCCAAAUAUUGAGGAAAUUAUUUUUCUGCAUGCUGAAUUUAGUCGGAAUCUGCAAAAAAGCGCAACGGAUAUUGCUUCGUUAACGGCUGGAGAUGCACUGGCUUCCCGAUUCAAUGGCCAAAACGGUAAAGAGUUUCAACGAGCAGUUUCUGCAUUUUGUCAGCACCAGCGUAAAGGAUUCGCAUCUUUAACGGACGAUCGCAACACGUCCACCGUGUUAACACGUCAAUUGCAAAUUUGCGCUGAGCGUUUGCUAUGUUGGAACCUGACAUUAGAAGACAUCACUUCAGUCGAAGUCAAGAUAUUGGCCAAGUAUUCAAUUUUUAUAAAGAAACUGAUGAAAUAUUGUAAUGUGCAUGAUACCCUUGAAAAGGAAAGAUUUUCUUGUGCGUUGACGGAGUGUGAGACAAUUCUUUCCAGUGUGCAGCAGCCCCUUAACAGUAUGGAUGAAACUUGGAACCAGAGUCGAUUAAAGCAUGUAUUGGCAAAAAUGGAUACAGCGCCAUUCAUAGAACGUUGCAAGAAACUAAAUUUGUCUCAGCUAUCAAACCUUCAGGACCGUUGCCUGCUGUUUAGUGGAGAUCUAACCUGGCGCUUGCCGAGCAAGAUUGUCAACUUGCAUGUGCUGCUUUUGGACAGCAUGAUUUGGCUUGUUACCAAAGUCGAUGGAAAACUGGUCCUGAAAUUCCAUUCUCCAUCGAGAUCUGGAUACAAUAAAAGCUUUCGACGCAGUUUACCGGCUGAAACCUGGAAUCCUGUUUUGUCGCUUGACAGUAUUCACGUGAAAAGCAACGCUUUGGAUAGCUUAGCCUUCUUUUUAUUGAUCAAUGUGACUCAAGCAGAUGCUAAAAUGUAUGAAAUGCUUGCGGCCACAGCGUCCGAACAAACGGAAUGGGUAAAACGGAUAACCGAAGCCGUAGCAAAGGUAUUCAAAACGAAGGACGUUUCGGUGAAAGCCGAAUCAUCAAAAUAUUUGCCUGAAAAGCCGUCUACCGAGACGGAAGAUAAACUAGAUACGGUGGAAAACAGUGCGGUUGUCCAGAAACCAUCACACCGGGAUUUGCAAAGUCUGCAGUCAUUUUCGCGGCAGUCACCUGCCUCAAACCUACGGAGCAGCAAAUCGUUUUCGGCUUUCAAAGGAAGUGUUCUAACAAAAAUUCGCGGUUUAAUACAACCCGGUAGCAAUAUCACUGAAACAUUUGGUUGCAGUUGGCAGUACAGUUACCGCCAAAGCGAUUAUAUUGGCCGAGGCGCUUUUGGCAUUGUUUAUAAAGCCAAAAUAACCACCGCAAGCUCAACAAAAGAAUUCUUACGAAACCGAAGCACUAAGCAGAAUUUACUGGCCGUCAAAGUCACUCAUUUGCACAAGGAAGCGGAACUGGUGGUGAACCCCGAACGCUAUAAAAAACUUCAACGGCAAUUCAGUAUUCUGGUUCACCUAAAGCACAAGAAUUUGGCGGCCUAUCACAAGAUCACCGUGCGCAAUUCGGAUGGAGGAUCGUUCGUGGAGCUAUUGAUGGAUUAUUAUCCCGAAGGAGACAUGGCCGCUUUAUUGGAAACAAUAAAGUCAAACCAUUCUUCGCUUGACCCAAGCUCAGCAAUCCGGUUCGCACUCGAAAUUUCCCUCGGACUGGAUUUUUUGCAUAAAAAAGGGAUUAUUCAUGGAGAUUUGAAAACAGAAAAUGUGCUCGUGAAGCGUUCAAAAUCAGGACGAAAAAAGCUUUUGAUUAGCGAUUUCGAUGACCUCGUCCCUAUGCAACGCAGUGUGACCUGUUCCGGCGAUAUGACACACACCCGUGGCACAAUACGGUAUAUGUCACCUGAGAUGCUCAAGAAUUACUUGGGAUGGCCGACCGUGUCUCCUGGCCGAAAAACCGAUGUCUGGAGUUUAGGCUGUAUCAUGCUGGAUUUAGGCAGCUCUGUUACUCGCGAAUACAAGAAAUGGUUACAGCGUUCCAGUGCGGAUGAACUAGUUGAAUCCGGCGAUAAACUCUCUAAUUGGCAGUACUGUACCCUGAUACUUGAUGGCUACGCUCCGUUAAUUAUAAAAUCGUUUCCGGAAAAGCUAAUACAGUGUGUUCAAAAAAGCCUGUGUCAUGUCAGUGGAAAUAGGGCUUCUGCCGAAGAACUAGUUGAUUUGCUAACGGCGGAGAAGCUUCUGAUAUUGUAUUUUGAAGUCGAAUCCUUGGAGAGCCAUAUUCCAGUCACAGGAGAUACGAGUAUAUUGUCGUGCAAGCCAUACUCAGUGCGCUUGGUCUACCCGUUUAUGUUUAAUCAUUCUCAAAAAAUCCUCCAACAAUUUCCAUUGCCAGAGGAACUGCGGAAAGAGUCUUUCUGUUCGUUUAUAUCGAUAUAUGACAGUAAAAUAGCCUGUCAAUUACAAAAUUCAAAAAGUGGAAAACUUGAAAUAAUUGUAUGGGAUACAAAUAGACAUUCCUGGCGUUCGGUGUGCCUUCAAGACUCGCUGGGGUACAUGUCUGUUCCUGUGGCUGUGAAAGACAAAAUUUUUUUCUGGGAUAGUUCCUGCCAGGCCGAUGGGCGUCUAUUGCUAAAAGCUGUUGAUUUCAAGACUCAGACUAUCGCUGAGAUGGCACUCAUACCGCAUGCAAAAGAGAUCUGGCGAAUAGAUUGUGGUGCACGAUUGGGUCACAAAAUAGUGUACACAGGCAGUCGGCGAUUCGAUCAUACAGGGUUUACCGGAUUAGUGCUAAUCUGCUUUAACACUCUGACCAACGGCUGGGAAACGGCUUUCCCAGAGCUACCUGAAACAAUUCGCCGGCGUAGCUAUGCGGUCUCCGUGUUGCACGAUAAUAUUUACGUACUGGGUGGAUUCUCUUCGUCUUCGAAGCUGCCUCUGUCGUCCUGUGUACGCCUCAACUUGCUUUCCGGGAAAUGGGAGGAAAUUUCGGAUCUGUGUCGACCAAGGUUUGGACAUUCUGCAUUUGUCCUAAAUCAUUGCAUAUAUGUGCUAGGUGGACGACAUUCUGCGGAAGAAACCCUGUCAGAUGCGGAGGUACUGAGUCUACUGACAAAUCAAAAUGCAGCCUGUUCAGGGGAAAUAUACGAUCCGGAAAGUGAUAAAUGGUCGGAAUUCGCUAUCCCGGCACCUGACUACGAAAAUAAACAGUUCUCUUUCUACAGUGCAAUAAAACUGUGACCGUGUUCACUGUUUCCCGCUACAAGUCAUUAAGUAUAAAUCAGCAUAGAGUGUUGAUUGUUAUUAGCUGUUGCUGAAAGACCUGCCCGUCCUGGUUCUCUAUUGUUUCCUUGUGAGCCGCUAGCGAUGUCACCUUUUCUCGAACGAUGCUUAGUUUCGACUCGGUUUAGCUGCCAUCUGUGCAUUGCUACGUUGAAGAUCCUUCUGCCGGCUGCCCUUCUGUGUUGGUUAUUUCCUUUUGCUCAAUAACUUCAAAACUUGUAUGUUAAUCAUUUUACUUUGCUCAAUAAAGAGGG